CGCCGCCCGCCCGGAAGGAGCCGGCCGGCCCGAGCGCCCGCGGCGGCUGAGUCAGGCGGGGGACCGGCGUGCCUGACCAUGGGGCCCCCGAGCCGGGAAGCCUGGGCCCAGCGCCUGAGCGCCUUCCGGGCCAGCCCGUCCGCCUUCAUGGCAGGUCCCGAGGGUGAGGAUCUCGGUCGUGACCUGCUGAGCGACCUGAGGAGUGAGAAGCUGAACGAACAGACCAAGGUUUCCUUGCUGGCCCUGAGCUUGGAGUACCCAGCCCAGCUGUGGCCGGACGCCCCUGCGGCCGAGGCAGCCGCCUCCUCCCUGUUGGACACCCUGGUCCUUUUACCCCCGCGGCCUUCAGCGCUGCGGAAGCCCCUACUGCUGGCGGCCACCACAGCCUUGGUGGCAGGAGGCGCGCUGGGCCCCACCUCGGGAGCCUCCCUCCGGCUCCUGCCCCUACUGCUCGGCUUGGCCUCCGGCCGAGAUCUGGGGCGAGGCUUCGGCCCCGCCUCGGAGCAGCGCCCCCUGCAGGCCACGGCGUGCGAGUGCCUUCGGGAGCUGGAGAGCUGCCAGCCCGGCCUGCUGGGGGGCUGCCUGGGGCUGCUGCGGGGCCUGCUGGGGCAGGAGGGCGCCGUGGGCCCGGUCCAGCCACUCAGCCUGCUGCUGGCGCUUGCUCUGCGGAACACCUUGGUGAUACAGGCCAGGGCGGGCGCUGGCCUGCAGGGCCUGCUCGUAGCCGGGAGCUCUGGCACCGGAGGCAGUCCCUGGACCUGGACACUAGCCAAAGAGGGCGCUGCCCACCUUCAGCCCCAGGCCCCCAGCUGGCUGGCAGCUGAGGAAGGGGAGUGUGGCCUUGCAGCACUAGAGCCCAAUCCUGAGGAGGCCCGGGAGCUGCGGGCCGCCGUGGCCCAGCUUCUGGACACCUCCUACCUGCUCGCUCCUGUGGCCCAGGCCCAGCUGCUGUGGCUGCUGGGCUGGGCCCUGCGGGGUCUUCGGGGACAGCUGCCAGUGCUCUUCAAGACGCAGUUGGUCCGGCUGCUGGGCACAGCACAGCUGACGCUGCUGCACGCCGUGCUGGCACUCAAGGCGGCCUUCGGGGAGGCGCUGUUCACGGCCCAGGAUGAGGACCUGCUGCUCCGUCGUCUCACCGCGGCUGCCCAGCACCCAGCCGUGCCCCCGCCUGCCCAUCUCUUCUACCUGCACUGCCUCCUGCACUUCCCUGAGAACUGCCCGCUGGGCCCCACGGGCGAGGAGGCUGCCCCGCUGCUGCUGGGGCCCCAGCUGUGCCGCGGCCUUCUGCCCAGUCUCCUGCACGACCCCAUGGCUCUCCUGGCCCGCCUGCAUCUGCUGUGUUUGCUCUGUGCUGAAGAUGAAGAAAAGGAAGAGAAAGGCCAGGGUCAGAGCCCCCAGCUCUACUUAGAGGACCUGCUGGCCGGCCUGCGACAGAGGGCUGCCCUGGAUGGGGCCCCCCGGGCCUUGGCCACUCUCUGCUUCCAGGCCUCAUACCUGGUUGCUCAGUGCCUGGCGGGGCAACCGACGGUGAUGACAGCCUUGACCCACGGAUUGGUCCAGCUGUACCGAGACCGGCCUGUGCUGGCUCCCCAUUUUGUGGACCUCUUGGAUCAGGUGGGCCCUGAGCUGGGAGAGCCCCUAAGGGUGGCCCUGCAGCAGGAGGUGGUGGCCAGGCCAGGCAAGGAUGAGGCCCUUCGUUGGCACCUGCAGAUGCUGGCAAAGGUGGCAGACGGGGAUGCCCAGAGUGGCACCCUCAGCUUCCUGCAGGCCGCAGCUGCCCACUGCAAAGACUGGGGCCUCCAGCAGGCCCUGCUGCAGGUCUGCCGGGCUCUGCUGCGGGCGGGCGUCGGGGGAGGCCUCGCGGACUUGCUGCAGGCGCUGGCAUGGCAGCUGGAGGACCCUGAUGGGCGGGACCAUGCCCGCCUCUACUACGUUCUCCUAGCCCACCUGGCAACGCCGAAGCUGCAGGUGGCCCUGGGCCCCUCACUCGUGGCACCUGCACUGCCCUCUUCACUGGUGGCUGAGAACCAGGGCUUUGUCGCGGCACUGAUGGUGCAGGAGGCCCCGGCCCCGAUUCAGCUGAGCGUGGGGCCCCGCAGAGCUGAGGGCCCCAUCCCCGUGCUCCAGCUCCAGGUGGAGGUGCUGGAGCCGGUGUACUCUUUGGAGCUGCGCUUCCGCGUGGAAGGACAGCUCUACGCGCCGCUGGGGGCUGUCCACGUGCCCUGCCUGUGCCCCGGCCGCCCCGCCCGCCCUUUGCUCCUGCCCCUGCAACCCCGCCGCCCAGCCCCCACGAGGCUGGAUGUGCGAGCCCUGUACACCACACCCACUGGCCUCACGUGCCAUGCCCACCUGCCGCCCCUGCCCGUGACCUUCGCUGACCUCUUUCUGCCUUUCCCGCAGCCCCCUGAAGGGACAGAACUGGGCUUCUUUGAGGAGCUCUGGGACUCCUGCCUGCCAAAGGGCACUGAGAGUCGCCUGUGGUGCCCUCUUGGGCCAGAGGGGCUGGAGGCCUUAGUGUCCCGCCACCUGGAGCCCUUUGUGAUGGUGGCCCAGCCCCCCAGUAGCUACCACAUAGCCAUCCGCCUACCCCCAGACUCGAGGCUGCUGCUGCGCCUGGAGGCAGCCCAGGCCGAUGGAGUGCCUGUGGCCCUGCGGACCGAUGACUGGGCUGUGUUGCCCUUGGCGGGGGACUACCUCCGUGGGCUGUCGGCUGCUGCCUGAGCCCCAGGGCCGUGCCAGGCGGGGGCAGGACUGUGGCCCUCGUAGGGCCUUGUCUAGAAGGGCUUGUUGAGGACCAGGACAUGAUCCUGUGGCUCCUUUCUAAAAAAAUGUACAUUCACCGUCUUUUGCUGGUUGG